AUGAGCGGCCCACCGCCGGCUUACGAUGAGCACGAGAAAUAUGCGACGAGUCAACCCGAAUACAUGGCCACAUUUCAUUCAGUUCCGACGCCUGGUUCGCCUAGAACGACCCUUCGUCCACCAGGUCACGCUAUUUAUGAUCACUCGUGCUCCACACAUCCACCCACCCACAUCCGAAGUCAAUAUGAAUGCCACGGGACUCCCGUCUAUCAAUAUAGAAACAGUAAGCAAGACCACUACAAA